AUGGAUUUUGAUGAAUCUGCCGAUGAAUGGAACGUUUCUGCUAAAAAUAAUUGUUUAAUUAAUUUGAAAAACGUCUGUGAUGUUUUGCUUUCACACUUGGGCUGGAGAUUUGAAACAUUGAAUAAUGUAUCCUUAGAUUUUAGUUUUCUGACUGGAUCUGAACUAUUCGAAAAAGAAACAGACCAAUUAGUCAAAGCAGCAGCUGAUUUAGCCUUAAAAUAUAAUAAAGACUUAAACGCUUCAGAACUAACCGAAGAAAUAAUACAUUUUAAGCAUCAUGCCAUAAGUGCAUUACCCAGUAUUAAAAAUACAACACCAUUAGAACUAUUAGAGUUUAUUUUUGAGUAUUCUAUGGCUAGUAUUUUUCCAAAUAUUUGCAUAGCGCUUCGGCUUUAUUUAACAUUGCCAUGCACAACAGCCACGUGUGAACGGAGUUUCAGCAAACUGAAACUAAUCAAAACUUAUUUACGUUCCACAGUAAAUAAAACUAAACUGACUAAUCUUGCGUUAUUAUCUAUAGAAAAAGAAAUAUCAAACUCCAUCGAUUUCGAUUCAGUUAUAAACGACUUCGCUGAAGUAAAAGCCAGAAGAAUAAAGCUUUAA